CAACAAUGCCGUUGCUAUCAUUCCAUCCCCCGAAGGUGACCGUCUCCGGCGACGUCAGCACCACGUGAUCAGGGGUUUUUUGCAGGCGGUGAAACCUCGCCCUCGCCGGCACGCGGCAGAACCCGUCACUCGCUUCUGUUGCUGCACCCCAUCGUAGCAGUCUUGUCGCUCUCACUCCCCUUUCUCCGAGGCCUUUGACUUGAGCUGCUUUCCCAUAGCCCUCUUCAAUCAUUGUGACAACCUCAGCUACUAUCCUCCCGUGCCUAUUCAUGCCGACCGCUCUCCCGCGACCCUCUACUGUGGUGUUGCCCACGUCCUAACCGACCUCCCCUCGUCGUUCCAGCAUUGGCGCCCAGGUGACCUCGAAGCCUCUGGCGAUACUAUACACCAGCGAGACGCGUGGAUAUACUCGGGCUCAGAUCUUUGUGAGCCAGGAACGCGGUGGCAGUGAGAACCGGGCUCGAUCGCGAGCAGCUGUGCUCCUCACCAGCAUCGCUGCCGGCGCAUUGUUACAACGAACAAAUAUCAUCCUCUGUUCAGGCGGGUUGGUGACUGUGCCGUCCUGACCCCUCUUCUACCGCCAAUCACCACUCUACCGAGAGCUGCCCUCGACGCCCCAGGACCACCAUCCUGCCAUACCCUUCCUUCUCCUUAUUAUACCCCGCCCGCUAUAUACCCAAGCUGCAUCAUAGUCUCAAAUGGAGGUAGCUGAGAGCCGAGAGCAGUCCUCCGUCGGUCCGACAACGGGGGCCGAGUCUACCAUCCCCAAUGGCGAGCGCAAUCCCUUCUUGGAUGACCCUCUCAUGGAUGACGGACGGUCGAGUAGCUUGAGCGAGAUUGACGAUGUGUCCGACGAUGAGCCUUCUGACUAUGAUGACUCCCCCAAGCCCGAGAGGCAACUAGAAAAUGACUCGGAGGCGGAAACCGAGCGCAUCGACGAUUCCCCACACAAUAUCCGAAAACGCGACAUCAUACUGAGUGCUGGGGGCACUGGCAGCGCUGGUCCAAGCCCCAGCAAGCUUCACCAGUCUACUACCUUGGACGAUGUCGACGAUAAUGAGCACCUAGUAGAUGACUCGCCCAGCAAACCACGACGACCCUCCAAUAACAACGCAAUCGAUGACGAGAAUGCCGAACUCGACGAUGUGGAGCUUCCCGAUAGUAUUGGAAAGAAGCGCAAGCGCGUUGAAGCGGGCGACGAGACUGGAACCGAGCUCGGCGAGGAUGAGCCGCUCAAGAAACGCCGAAGCUCCAUCAAGAGCGAUCUGAGUGACCCAAUCGAUGACGAUACCCCUCUUUCACCAGAGCCAAUGAUGGAUGAUGAGCCGGCUCCUAUAAUGGACGAUGAGUUGGCCGUCGACGAUAUUCCCGAGUCGGAACUCCCCGUCGUGCCAUCCAAAGGCAGAAGGGGUAAAAAAGUUGAAGAAACAACGGAACCCAUCGACGAAAUUGAUGACGCAGAGGCUGUUGCUCGGGUGGAAGAGGAGUCUGCGAAAAAGAUGUCGGCCAUGGAAUCAUUGGCGACGUUGGAGAAAGAAUUUGCAACGUUGCGGGACAAAAUUUACGACGAACGCAUCACAAAACUCAAUCGCGAAAUGGAGAUGCUGACUGGACCAAAUCCGACGCAUCCCGAGUAUCUGCGUCAGAUUGAAUGUGUACAACGUUACCGAGACGCCAAAAUCAAGUACGAGCAUACCUUGUACCGCUACCGCUUAAAGGCCUUGGUGAACAAGAGCUUGGCCGAGCGUGCGCAGAGCCACAGUACCUUUUUCCAGCGCGUUCGUGAUGUGCGGGAGCGUCAUUCCAGUGCGAUCAGCAAGCAAUUCUAUGCAAUCCAGCAUGAUCGCUUCAAGACGGAUGAGCUCAGCCCGCACCAUAUCGUGCCAUUCCCGACCCGUCGGUCGCAACAAAUCGCACACCAGACUGCUUAUAACCAUGAGGUUUCCAUCAUGGCUGGAGUCGCCAAGUAUGUUGGCUUCCCGGCCGCGCCGACUUUAUUGGGGGCUCGUCCGUCUGAAUUGGAAGACGACCUGGAGAAGAUGGGGAUAUCUAUCGAGACGAGAGUGUCGGUUCCACGACAUUCACAGUCAUCGGCAAUGCCCCCUCGUGGUGCAGUGUCAGCCAUGUCGUCAAAUGUUUUCCGCACCGCGGCGGAGGAGGCUUUCCUAGAGCAAACGCCCUGGGCCAAUCCUCAACAUCCCAUUCAUCAGCAACAGCCACAGCACCCAUAUUCUCAACAUCAUCGACCCCCAGCAUCCUCAUUCGCCACACCAGCAGCUCAAAAACGGGUAGUCGAUAUCAACGCACCCAAUGGAUCUGCAUCCACUAUUCCUGAGAACAUGUCGGCCGCUAACUCAUCCGCCAACAACACACCUUACGGCACUGAGCAGGAUCAUCGUCACCCAGGCCAAGGAGCAUUCCGCAAUCCAGACUAUGACACCGAACAUAAAUCUGGUUUCCGAUCUCAGAGCUCUUCUCCACUAGAUGUGCGAAAGGCUCAACCACAUCCCAGUCAUAUCCUCGAGCGCCGCUCUCCGGGACUUGAUGCUUCCCACAGUUCGCUCUUCUCUCCACCUCCCGCCCGGGCUGGGUUAUUCCACCCUUCCACCUCCAAACCAAGCGCCUCUCCCUCUCUCCACACUAAGCCAGUCGACACGAUACUCUACCACCCACACCAACCUGAGAUAUCUGCGGAAUCUGCCUCAAGUCACCUGCCUGCUCGGUAGACACCAAGCUUCAACACCCCAAAUAUCGAUGUCAUGACUGACUGAGCUGGCCUGUUGCUCAUGGCGAAGGGCUGGAACCUGUACCGAUAGACAUGAUUCUUUGAUUCUUUUGUUUCGUUCUGGAGUUUGCAUCAACUUCUCUCCCCAUUCUCCUUAAUGAAGAUUCCCCUAUUUCCGUUCUGCUAUUGCUGCAAAGGCAAAUGUCAUUUUGAUCAGCGUUUUUGAGCUAGAAAGAGUGCUUGUGUGUGUGGAAGCGUGAUGUGUAUUAGGGUUGGGGGGGGGGGGGGGGGGGGGGGGUGCAUGGAGGGUGUCCGUUUAAAUACGGGCUUCGAUCUCGAAGUCCAACGCUAUAUAUGGGAAAACUUGCGGUGUUCGUGACUUACGGGACCUGGAUUUGGGCAAUGACUGACUGCAUGGAAUGGGAAUGGGACUAUAUCUUUCUAUCAUAGGAGGUGUUUUGUACGGGGCACAUCCUGGAAAUUCAACUUAUCUUUUUUCUCUUUCCUUUGGAGUCGUCUUCUUUGCUACAUAUGACAGCUGUCGGAUUGGCGUCAAUAUCUUGGUUUACUACGGAAAGGACCGCCGUGUUCUGCGUUUUGAUUUUAUUGUUCUUCCCAUUGAUACCAAACCAUCUGUUUAUACGGCCCGAACGUGUCUCGAGGAUCUGGAGAC